AUGAAGGUUUCUGCGAUCAUCGGUUCCAUUGCGCUAGGCGCCUUGCCAGGCGCAGUUGCUGCACCUAACCCUGUGGCCUUCGAGUCAAAGAACGUCGACAUCUCGCGCCGUGCCCUUCCUAAUGCCCCUGAUGGAUAUGCACCCAAGAAUGUCACUUGCCCAGAUACGCGACCGACCAUUCGCAGCGCUGCAACACUCUCUACCAAUGAGACCGAUUGGCUGAAGACUCGCCGCCCGAAGGCGCUCUCGGCUCUAAAAGAUUUCUUCGGCCAUGUUACUGUCGGUAGCUAUGAUGUCGCGUCGUACCUGGAGAAGCACUCGAGCAACACAUCAAACAUUCCCAAUAUCGGAAUCGCUGUAUCUGGUGGUGGAUACCGUGCUUUGAUGAACGGUGCUGGUGCGAUCAAGGCCUUCGAUAGCCGAACUGAGAAUGCCUCAACCAGUGGUCAUCUCGGAGGCUUGUUGCAAUCAGCAACCUACCUCGCCGGCCUGAGUGGAGGCAGUUGGUUGCUAGGUUCCAUCUACAUUAACAACUUCACCACCAUCUCGGCUCUUCAAGCUAGCGACAAUGUAUGGCAAUUCGGAAACUCUAUUCUUGAGGGUCCCAAAGAUGGCUUAAUACAGAUCCUCGACUCGGCCGACUACUACGUAGACUUGGUUAAGGCUGUUGAUGCUAAGGGUGACGCUGGCUUCGACACUUCGAUCACUGAUAUUUGGGGUCGCGCACUCUCCUAUCAAAUGUUUAAUGCUACCGACGGUGGUAUUGACUAUACCUGGUCAUCGAUUGCACAGACCUCGGCGUUCCAAGAUGGUGACUAUCCCUUGCCUCUGGUCGUUGCUGACGGCCGUAACCCCGGUGAAUCUGUUGUGGGUAGUAACUCUACUGUCUACGAAAUCAACCCUUGGGAAUUUGGCUCGUUCGACCCGACUAUCUUUGGGUUCGCUCCUCUGGAGUACCUGGGUUCACGCUUUGUCGAUGGCAAGAUUCCGUCCAACGACAGCUGCGUUCGUGGCUUCGACAGCGCAGGUUUCGUCAUUGGAACCUCGUCGACUCUCUUCAACCAGUUCCUUCUGGAGCUCAACACUACCUCGCUUAGCACGACCGAGAAGAGUGUCAUUGAUAGCAUUCUUAAUAAGCUGAGCAAGGCCGAUGAUGAUAUUGCCGCAUAUGACCCCAACCCUUUCUACCAGUACCACACCGACUCCUCGCCUUAUGCAGACCAGACCAAGUUGAACGUUGUGGAUGGUGGUGAGGAUCUGGAGAACAUUCCCUUGCACGGACUCAUUCAGCCUGAGCGUAAUGUCGAUGUCAUAUUCGCAGUCGAUUCAUCCGCCGACACCGACUACUAUUGGCCCAACGGUACCUCUCUGGUUGCAACCUAUGAGCGUAGCCUAAACGUCACUGGUAUCGCCAACGGCACCUCUUUCCCUGCCAUCCCGGACCAAAACACCUUUGUCAACUUGGGCUUGAACACACGUCCUACCUUCUUCGGCUGCAACAGCACCAACACGACCAAUAUGACUCCCCUGGUCGUCUAUAUCCCCAACUACCCCUACUCGGAUUUGUCCAACGUGUCCACCUUCGAUCUCUCUUACGAGAAUUCCCAGCGUGACGAUAUUAUCCUGAAUGGCUACGAGGUCGCAACUAUGGCCAACAGCACCCGUGAUGGUAAUUGGACUACUUGCGUCGGUUGCGCUAUCCUGCAGCGCUCUUUUGAGCGUACCGGCACCACGCUCCCCGAUAUCUGUACUCAGUGCUUCACUGACUAUUGCUGGAACGGCACCACCAACUCCACAACUCCCAAUACCUUUGAUCCUGACACUUUCUUCGCAGAAUCGAAUGGUGCUGGUAUCAGUGCUGUACCUACCGUGAUGUCUGCUUUGAUGGCAGCUGGUGUGGCUCUCUUCACUAUGGUCUGA